AUGGCUCUCGCGUUCGCAUCUCACGCCCGCCGCCUCCUCCUCUCCGGCGCUGGAGCUCCGGCGAGAUCGUUCCACGCCCAGCCCUACCAAGCCAGGGUCGGCGUGGUGGAGUUCCUCAACGGUGUGGGGAAGCGGGUGGAGAAGCACGCCGCGAAGCCGGAGGACGCAGUGGGUAGCGAUAUCCAGAGGCUGAUCGAGGCCGGCAAGCUGCGCCGCAAGAAUCUCCGCAUCCCCUGCAAGCGUUGCGCCACCAGAUCAAGCUCAGUUUCCACACGCCUGCUCGGCUACUCACCUGAAUCGAGCUCUUGGUCGACCGAAUCAAACCUUCAACCUUACUGUUGCUUGGGUUUGCUCGACUAUCACCUCGUUGAGACUGAGGUCUACACUGCUGAACUGAGGCCACUGGAGCAUGUCCAAGGGCUGGUGAGCUGGACAGGUCAACAAAAGGAAGAUGUGUGGGCUCUUCUUUUGACGGGAACAAUGGAAUUGCAUGAAUAG